UUCUGGUCACUUGUGGAUUCCACUGACUAGAAUUAUUUCUUUACGUGAACAAUUGUCUAAUGUGAAACAUCAAAUUGAAAUUUUGAUGCAGUCCUCUACAAGUUUUUCUUUACAAGUACAAAGUGAAGGACCAAAACGAAUACUUUCAACGAAGUCCAAAAUUAAUCUUGCCAAGGUGCAAUUUGAUGAAAGAAUAGAAGAAAUGCUUAAACAAUGUUUGUCUGAAGUAAAAGCUUUGCUGUGUGGUGUUUCAGAUCUGUCUUCUCCAUUAACUGAGGUCCCAUUUGACAUUACUUUGCAGUCAAUCAUGAAUUUGGAGAAAAUGUUUGAUCCUGCUAAUGGAUGUGUGAUAGCAGGAGGAAGUCUUUUCAACUGGAUUGUGUCUCUGCUCCCUUGAGUUGUCUUUCUGCAGUAACUUAAUCAAAUACUGAAUUGCAUACUUUUUAAGUUCAAACUGCUCCUACUAAAGGCAAAAGGAAUUUUGCCAUUGAUAUUAAUAGAACCAAGAUCUGGCCCCUAAUAAUUUGUGUAGUUUUUAGUUAUAUUUUGGAAUAUGUCAGUUUAUUUUAAAAAAAAGAUACUUUUCCUACUUCCCUAAGUGUUUUAAAGGAAAGAAUGUCUUUUUUUCGGGAAUUAAUGCUCUGAUAUGAUAUUUUUGUAGUAAAAAGAUUUAGAAUGUAAGCUAUUCAGUCCUAAAUAAACUAGUCCAUAUUUUGCUGGGGUUUCUCCUUUUCAAAAUCCUCGUGUAGAUUAAAAAAUGUGAAUAGGACAAAAAGACUGAUUACCUUUGAGAUAUUACAGGCCUUGUAGCUUUCUAAUAUUCAAAAGUAAACUAUGGAUUUUUCCAUAAAGCAUGUGUUAUAUGCUAAACUUUACUGUACCAGCACACUUUUAACUGCUUUUGCAAGUAGUCACCACCUAAAACUGCCUAAAACUCUUCACCUAACCUUUUUCACAUUUCAAUUUCACUGCUUUUAAAUUACAAUUUCAGACUUUUUGUUAAAGGAAGAAAAGGUCUUACAUACUGCUGACAGUGAAACUGAUUUGUUAGAAAGCAAUGGAGAUGUCUUCAUAUAAUUCUGAAGAGAUAAUCUGUAAACAGGCAAAUUUAAAAGCUAUGUAAGUAUAGUACAAAUGUACUUUUCAUACAAAAUACUAAAAUGCUUCACAAAAUAACACUGAAAAUAUAAGUAAAUGCUAAGUAUUAUUAUGGUUUGAAAAUUCUGACAAACAUUAACUCAAGAAACAUACAAAACAUUCGUCUAAGGAAGGAAGUGUUAUUCCAACUUUACAAAAGGAGAAAUAAACACAGAAAAAUGAAGUUGUUUGACCAAGAUCACAGAGUAAAACACUGGCUAUGUUUACACUCUACACUCUGCUGCAUCCAGGGAAUGCAUCUGCUCUUCUGAAUUUUUUUUGGAAGAGCAUACACGCUUUUUCAGCAUCCGUGUAAAUCUCGUUUUACAAGGAAGAAGUGAUGUUCUGUAAAAAGGUUUUUUUCUGACAUUUGGCCCAGUGUCAGAAAAUGACAGGCCAAAUGUUGGAAAAGCCUCUUCCGAAAUAAGAAGUGGAAAAAAACUACGCAAAUUGCGAACUGCAAUUUUCGUAGCUUUUUCCGGAAGAGCAGUGCAGUGUAGACAUAUAGCCACUGUGAGAUCCAAGAUUAGAAUUUGGGAGUUUCUCGUCCCUAGCCAUUGCUCAAGGUAUAAGACCAUUGUGCAUCAAAACCGUUGCUAACUACAUUAAUUCAGACAACAAGCAAUAAAAAUGACAGAAAGGAUUGAGGGAGUUAGUUGAGUUGUACCUACUGAAUAGAGUUCGAGACUGAGAGUCAAGAAUCCUGGAUUCUGUUCUGUUUCCUGUGUGUGACUGUAAACACUUAACAGUGAAAUCCUGACCUCAAUAAAAAGCAAAAUUUUCACUGAGGCACUGUAUGAGUGUAUCUCAGCAUAACAAAUGAUGAAAUAGAUAUGAUAUUUAAAAAUUGUAAAGGAAAAAAAAUGUUGUGUUUUUGUCGUGCAUUGCUUUUAUUAAAAGAGAUGUGAGGGAAUUGUUUACUUUUACAU